AACUUAAUAACCCAGCCCGCCACCUGGCACCAGAGGCAGAAGCCAGAAGCGACAGAACCCGAACGACGAACCGCAGAAACCCGCCUUCCCCAAUCCCCAUUUCCCUAGACCCCAGUGUUCAUGCUGCGUGCAGCGGUGCAGCGUGUUUACGGGUGUUGCCCUAACCCUAAUGCCCUGAAUCCCUGAUUCCUGUCUCCCGAAGGCUGAAACGCGAAAGUGUGAUUGUGAUUCACUGAUUCGUGUGAACUGUGAUUCUGAUUUGAGUGAUUUCUGUGAAACGAUAAACGAAAAGGAAGCCCGGAGACUCCGAAUCUUCGAAGGAAAAGGCGCCAGGCGGCUCUCUCUUCUUGAGUUUAUGCUUUCCUGUUUUCAGAGCUGCGAGUCAAUUUGCAGGGUUUGUGUAGCUAUUUAUUGGUUUAUCUUGUUACUUCGUCAUGUUUGUAUGCACAUAUGGAUCCUCAGUGAAGCAGUUUCUUUGAAUUCUAACACUUGGAAAUCUCAGCUACUUCACCUGAUUGGAGGCAAAUUUUUGGCAAAUGGCAUUGGUUGUAAUUUGUGGGCAGCCAUGCAGUGGGAAGUCAACAGCUGCACUCUGCCUAGCUGAAGCUGUUAGAGAAUCUGAAUCUAAACUGACAGUUCGCAUUAUUGAUGAAACUUCCUUUCAUCUUGAUCGCAACCAAAGCUAUGCCAAUAUGCCUGCAGAGAAGAACUUGAGAGGGGUGCUCAGAUCUGAAGUCGAUAGGUCCUUGUCAAGAGAUAAUAUCAUUAUAGUAGAUUCUUUGAACAGCAUCAAGGGCUACAGAUAUGAAUUAUGGUGUUUGGCUCGUGCUGCAGGAAUAAGAUAUUGUGUGUUAUAUUGUGAUGUUGAAGAUAUGCAUUGUAAAAAAUGGAACCAAGCUCGCAUAGACGGGGGAGAAGCAGCAUAUGAUGAUAAGAUAUUUGAAGACUUGGCAAGAAGGUUCGAGAAGCCUGACAGAAGAAAUCGAUGGGAUUCCCCCUUGUUUGAGUUAUGGCCAUAUAAGGAUGGAAUCCAGAAGUCUUCAGCAGCAAUUGUGGAUGCAGUCUUGUAUUUAACAAAAAAAGUGGACUCAAAAACACGGGAUGUGAAGAUUUUACAGCCUACAAUUGCAACUCAAAGCAUACUGGCGUCGGGGGCAAAUUCUCUUUAUGAGAUGGAUAGAGCUACACAAGAUGUGACUAAUGCUAUCGUGGAAGCACAAUCCCAAUCAAUGGGAGGGCCUAUGAAUGGGAUAUGUCUUGGACAGGGAUUGCCAACAAUCAACAUUUCUAGAUCAGUUGGGCUGCCUGAGUUACGUAGGCUGCGUCGAACUUUUAUAAAAUUGACUGGGCAGUCAAGCUUGAGUGGGCCACCCCCUCCUUUGGAUGCAGACAGUGCAAAAAGAAUGUUUGUGGAUUACUUGAACAGGGAACUGGGAACUGCUUGAAGAUGCAUAGAUGAAAGAGUACCAAUUAAGUUGCAGUGGCUGUGCCUUCCUAAUUGACAACAAUGCAUAUACCUAAAAAAUUUGUUUUGAUUUUGAAAUCUGUAUCGCUAUGGGGAAAUCAAGUUGGAUGGUGUUAAAUUAAUAGUACAAGGGAGUUUUGGUAAAUAGGCAAGCCCCUGUUUGAGCA